GGGGAGCCUGUGCUGCCUGGCUGGGCUGCUGGCUGGCUUCUUCUGCUUGGUUUGAGCUCAUCUUGUGUGUGUUGUGUGUGUUGUUUGCUUUGCAGUGGGGGCUAAGCAGGAGCCGUCAAAAUUGGAGGCCGCUAGAUUUUAUACCCUCUGCCUGGCGUUGAAAAGGCAACACCGCCAAACACUGCCAAACACUGCCAAACAUCGCCAAACAUCGCCAAACACCGCCAAACAUCGCCAAACACCGCCAAACACCUGCCAAACAACACAGCCCAGUCUCACCGUAUGGAAGUGUCCGAACAACUCAGCACCUGGCUAAAGGACCUUCACCUUGAAGAGUACGCCGCGCAGUUUAACCAACACGGCAUCGACUAUGAGCGGUUGAAGUACUGCGAUGGCGAUGUGCUGAGAGAUAUCGGCAUAUCCAAGAUCGGUGAUCGCAUCAGGAUUCAAACCGCCAUUGCCAAACUGAACACGCUGAAGUUCGAACUGAAGGUGCAGAACAAGUUCAAACUGGCCGAGCCUCCUCUGAAAGGCAAGUCUCUGGUGUGCUUCAUCCUCCAGAACGGGAGUACCGUGAGGAUGAACGUGAGCGGUUGCUUCAACGCCGCGUCGAUAAAGAGAAGGUUGAUCAAGCAUUUGGGAAUCCAGGCACAGCCGGAGUCCUACGAAACGUAUCUGUCCGAUGCCAAAGGUGACGUUCGCUCGCUGUUCGACGUUGAGCUCGUCACAAUCUGCCAUUCUGUUGAUCGCAUAGAGAAGCAGAGGAUCCUGUUCUGCGCUAAGACUGAAGCUCCGAGCCCAGAGGCCAUAGCGGUGGCUCAGCAGUUCAUUGCGCAAGAACCGAAGCAGAGAACAGUACAACAUGACAAGUUCAGAUCCAUCUUUGGACAGAGGCCGUCAUCCCAACUCAUCUCUACGAAUAUAUCGCAGUACUUCCCGGAGUCCAAGCAGUUGGAGAAGACCAUCCGAAACUCUGUGAGGUAUUCGAUGCGUGUGCCAAAUAACCGUUCUUCGACAAUUGGCGACUUUAUCAUCGAUAACACGACGAAGAAAGAAAUGGCCAGGUUCUCCGUUGCGGACUCUCUUAACUUGGCCUCAAGCAUGGAGCAGCAAAAGCAGAGGUUCUCUAUAAGUACGCUGGAGUCUGAUCGAACAUCAACUAUCCAGCUUCUGGAUACCGAUUCGGAAGACGAUGAGGAAGAUGAAACUGAAGGGGAAAUCAGUGCAUCCAUGGCCCCGGCUCAGAAUGGCUCUCCUUUCAAAUGGCUCAAGGGAUCGCGUAUUGGUUCAGGCUCAUUUGGAACGGUUUAUCUCGGUAUGAACUCUUUAACGGGUGAGUUGAUGGCUGUUAAGCAGGUUGAGCUCAACCCAUUGGUUGGGAAAGAUAAGGAUCCACAGAUACAUGGCAAAAUAGUUGAGUCUUUCCAAAUGGAGAUGAAGCUGUUGUCAGAAUUACACCACGAUAACAUUGUGACGUAUCUAGGAUCGAGCACCGAUAACAACAACCUGAACAUCUUCCUGGAAUAUGUUCCAGGAGGCUCCAUCAACUCCAUGCUCACGAACUACGGGCCCUUUGAAGAGCCGUUGGUGAGAAAUUUCACUAGACAGAUCCUCAUCGGACUGAACUACUUACACUCCAAGAGCAUCAUCCACAGAGACAUCAAAGGCGCCAACAUCCUCAUCGACAUCAAGGGUGAGGUCAAGAUCUCUGAUUUCGGCAUAUCCAAGAAGCUAUCGCCGUCAAAUCAAGAGAAGAGGGCAUCUCUGCAAGGCUCCGUGUACUGGAUGGCUCCGGAAGUGGUGAAACAGAUCGCCACCACACCGAAGUGUGACAUCUGGUCCAUGGGAUGCCUUCUCAUCGAGAUGUUCACGGGAAAGCACCCAUUCCCAAACUUCUCCCAGAUGCAAGCAAUAUUCAAGAUCGGAACCCAUACCGUGCCAGAGAUUCCAAAGUGGUGUUCUGACCAAGCACGGGACUUCCUCGAGCGCACUUUCACCAUUGAUUACAAGGAGAGACCCGGUGCUGCCACGCUGCUCGACCACGAGUUCCUAGAGUCCUUACUUAUCAAAUAA